AUGGUAGAAAUAGGAAAAAAUAUGAAAGGAAAAGAGAAAACUACUGCUGAGUUGAAAAAAAUCAGCGAAUCAGAACAACUCAACAAAAGAACAAAGACUAUUCUAAGUAGUAGUCAUCACAAAACUCCUAGAAACUUUGCUGUUAAGCCCAUCCACCCUGGGGAAAUCUUGCGAGAAGAACUACUAAUCCCUCGUAAUAUAACUCCUGAGGAAUUGGCUCAAGAAAUCAAACGUUUAUCAAUUUACUUUGACACUUCUGUAGAACUUUGGCUUAAUUUACAAAGAAGUUAUGAAGAAGAAUUGUCGGAAGCAAGUCUUGAAUCAUUAAAGGAAGAAAUUAUUCCUUACAAAGAAAAAUGCAUAAAUGGAAGACAUUUAGAGACAAAUUAA